AUGUCCGACAAGAAACCAUCCGUGUCCACCGUCCCGGACAACUCUACGGUGCCCUCCGACCAUGACAGCGUGAAGAGCAAGGGCGCAGCCGGCGCAGCCCCGCCUGUGGCCCCGGCACUGGCAACCCAUGAAGGACAGCGGGCGGAAUCCAUCCUCGGUGAUUGGAUUUUGCGAUUAUUGCGGAUUCGCAGAGGCCCGAAGAAGGAGGUGUACGACCUGGAUGCGAUCGCAACCCAGCCCAGUAUAUGGGACUCGGACAACCUUGACGAGUACAAAGAGCUAUAUAUCCAUCCGAAAUGGGAGAACUGGCGUGCAUUCGAUCCGGGGUUCAGAUGGACGUGGCGCGAAGAGAGGGCCGUGCGCCGCAAAAUUGACUUGAAGAUUAUGUUCUGGGUCUGUAUAAUGUUUGCUGCGCUCAAUAUUGAUCGAGGGAACAUCUCCAACGCGGUCUCAGACAAUAUGCUGGACGAUCUGGGGCUUACUCAGGGCGACUAUAAUACCGGAAAGACGAUUGAGAGAGUGGGCUUCCUCGUCGCAGAGCUGCCAUCUCAGAUUAUCUCCAAGCGAAUUGGACCCGAUAUGUGGAUUCCUAUCCAGAUAUGCAUCUUCAGUACUAUAUCAGCUCUACAGUUCUUCCUCAAUGGACGAGCCUCAUUCCUCGCUACUCGCUACUUAAUUGCCACAUUCCAGGGUGGAUUCAUCCCUGACACCAUUCUCUACCUGAGCUACUUCUAUACUGGCCCGGCGCUUCCCGUUCGACUGGCCUGGUACUGGAUAUCUGCGCAACUAGUCGAUAUUGUCACCGGCUUCGCUGCCGUCGGCCUCUUAUCCAUGCGCGGAAUCCUGGGCUACGCUGGCUGGCGGUGGCUGUUCCUCAUCGAGGGUAUCUUUACAUUCCUGGUCGGGGUUGCCUCCUUUUUCCUCAUGCCUCAGUGUCCGGCAAAGACCAAGAGCUGGUGGAAUCCGAAGGGCUAUUUCAACGAGAAGGAAGAAAAGAUCAUUGUCAACGGGGUGAUCCGAGAUGACCCACAGAAAGGCGGAAUGUAUAACCGACAAGGUCUCUCCGUCCGCCAGAUCUGGCAAUGUACAAAAGACUACGACAUGUGGCCACUCUACAUCCUUGGUCUACUAUUCGGUUUGCCAAAAUACCCCGUGGACCAGUACCUGACUCUGUCGUUGCGAGACCUCGGGUUCAACGUCGUCCAGACCAAUCUACUUUCCAUCCCGUACAUUGUCGGCGCCAGUGUAACCAUGCUCCUCAUCACUGCCUUCAGUGAGUUGGUGAACAACCGGAGUUUCGUGGCGAUGGCAGAAGAUGCUUGGCUGUUGCCUUGCUUUAUAGCCCUUCUUGCCCUUCCAGACCCGAUUAGCCCGUGGGCUUAUUUUGCUAUUGCGACUGUCCUGUUGUCGUUUCCUUAUACUCAUCCAAUCCAAGUUGCCUGGACCAGUCGAAACGCUGGAUCCGUACAAAACAGAACUGUUUCCGCAUCUUUAUACAACAUGUGGGUCCAAGUCAGCGGAAUGAUAGGAGCAAACAUCUACCAAUCAAGCGACUCGCCCCGAUACUUCAAAGCAAAUAGAGGCCUGCUUGUGAUUUGCAUAUGGAUGUGUGUAAUCCAAUACCCGGCUACAUAUUUCUACUACCGCUGGCGCAACAGGUCCAAGGCUAGAAAGUGGGAUGCAAUGAGUCCAGAGGAGCAGCAUCAGUAUAGACAGACGACCACUGACGAGGGAAAUAAGCGUCUUGAAUUUCGGUUUGCGACUUAG